AUGCCAUUAACGCCACAAUUAAAUGACUACCUUUUGUGUCACAUUUGUUUCAAUCAGUUCUCAAACCAAAGAAAGCCCUUCACUCUCGUCUGUUCCCACACCUGCUGUUCAAACUGUCUUCAGUCAGUCCAAAGCUGUCCUUUCGAUUCGACGCCCAUUGAGACCAAACUGCCCGAAAAUGAGGCGAUUCUGGGAUUAAUUCAGACCAAUGGCUGUCCUCCUAAUGGUUCCCAGUCUUCACAACCAAACUCCAGACCUAAUGACAGAAUCGGUGUCCAGAGCUAUGAAUGUGUUGAAGUCAAAGACAUUCCCUAUUAUCGCAAAUGCAUUGAUUGUAUUAAACAAAUGGCACUUCUCUUACGACCUCAACAACAAAACCAAUCGUUGUCGCGUCCGAUGCAAAGAAAAUUGAUAACUCUAUUGCACUGUCAGAUCAUUGAGGGCGAGGGCCGCACCCGUGCCCUCAGGAACGUCCGCUCAAUCGGCGAACGAGCGUUGGCUGAGCUGCUCGUCAAACAUCAGGACUCACAUCAAUUGAGGUUUNAACUGAAUCUAAUUUUUUUCACAGAAAUUUGGGGACAGUUGGCUGAGACAAGAGGCAGUUGUGACAGUGUCUGUGUCGGAGGCAGUGGUGGCGCACAUGAUAAGACUAACGCCAGCCAUAAGACAUCGAUCGCCAAACAAAUCCUGUCUGUGAUUAGAAACGAUGACUUCGAAGAAUUGCUAAUCAUUUUGAGAUCAAAACCCGACUUAAAUGUCUUUAUAAACGGACAAACGGUUCUUCACUAUUGUCUACUCUUAGGCCGAGACGUGUCGUGGUUUAGGCAACUGGUGCUGAACGGCGCGAACCCGAACCUCACAAACCACGACGGGUGGCAUCCGUUGCAUUUGGCCGCCUCUUUCGGUCACAAUGAGAUACUUAGUUAUCUUAUUAAUUACAAUACAAGCAAAGGAAUGGCAACAACUGAUGUGAUGAUCUAAAUUCAUUCCACUACAACACCUCCCGUACCCCUACUUCCACCCCAAACCCCCUCAACCACUACUACAACCCGACACCUCUCACACACUAUCACUUCAAUUACCCCUCAAAUAGCAAACGAUUGAUUUAAAUUUAAUUGUUGUGCAAACUUUGUACAGCUUUUUGUAUAAUUUAUUAAAUAUUUAUAAAAUUAUAUCCUUUGGACACAAAACCAAUUUUUAUUCUAUUGUAAACUCAAUAGAAUUUAUAUAUAAUUCAU